CUUAUGGAGAAAACUUGAUUGAACUUUUCUCAAGCAACCAAUCGAGUGAAUGAUCGGAUCCGAAAAGCAACACAAGAGCGAGAGUCCGGGUCGGAUGGAGCCAAAAACGGGUACCGCCGUGCGGGCGGGAAUGAUUUCGGAGCUGUCGUCGUAGGGGAAUUCGAACUCCACGUCAGAAACACACACAACAGCGAGUCGUCAUCUCUCUCUCGGUCCGGAAGAUCUGUGAAUUUCUCUCGUCGCCGAUCGGUGAUUCUCUUCCGUCGUCGCAGCCUGAGAGCAGCUAUAAAGAUACCUGAGAGUUGUUCAUGGCCGUGAUUGAGGAGCCGUUAUACCCUAUUGCGGUGCUGAUAGAUGAGCUAAAGAAUGAGGAUAUCCAACUUCGUCUGAACUCUAUCCGUCGGCUCUCUACCAUUGCUCAUGCGCUCGGUGAAGAGAGGACGCGGAAGGAGUUGAUCCCAUUUCUCACCGAGAACAAUGACGACGAUGAUGAAGUGCUUCUGGCAAUGGCAGAAGAACUGGGAGUUUUCGUCCCAUAUGUCGGAGGUGUCGAGCAUGCUAAUGUGUUGCUGACGCCGCUCGAAGCACUUUGUACUGUUGAGGAAACCUGCGUGAGGGACAAGGCAGUUGCAUCUUUGUGUAGGAUUGGGGAUCAGAUGAGGGAGCAGGAUGUGGUUGACUACUUCAUUCCCAUGAUGAAGAGGCUGGCUGCUGGUGAAUGGUUCACAGCUCGUGUUUCGGCUUGUGGCUUGUUUCAUGUUGCUUACCCUAGUGCCCUUGAGGCGUUGAAGACAGAACUGCGGGCAAUAUACCGUCAGUUAUGUCGAGAUGACAUGCCGAUGGUCAGAAGAUCUGCUGCAACAAACCUUAGGAAAUUUGCUCCUACUGUUGAAGCUAUGCGUCUGAGGACUGACAUUAUGUGUAUAUUCAAGGAUCUAAUGCAAGAUGGUCAGGAGUCUGUGCGCAUAUUGGCUGUUGAAGGGUGUGCAGCUCUUGGGAAAUUGUUGGGACCACAAGACUCGGUGGCACAUAUCCUACCUGUCAUGGUGAACAUCUCCCAGGAUAAGUCUUGGCGCGUUCGUUGCAUGGUUUCCCAUGAAUUGUAUGAGCUAUGUGAAGCUAUUGGUCCUGAACCAACUAGGUCGGACUUGGUUCCUGCAUAUGUUCGCCUGCUUCGUGACAAUGAGGCUGAAGUGCGUAUAGCUGCUGCAGGAAAAGUGACCAGUUUUUGCAGGAUUUUGAAUCCUGAACUUGCAAUUCAGCGGAUUCUUCCUUGUGUGAAGGAAUUGUCGUCAGAUUCAUCACAGCAUGUCAGGUCUGCUUUGGCCUCUGUUAUAAUGGGAAUGGCACCAAUUUUAGGGAAGGAUGCCACGAUUGAACAGCUACUCCCGAUAUUCUUGUCUCUUCUGAAAGAUGAAUUUCCUGAUGUUCGACUGAAUAUCAUUAGCAAACUUGAUCAAGUUACCCAGGUGAUUGGAAUUGAUCUGCUCUCCCAGUCCCUGUUACCUGCUAUUGUUGAACUUGCAGAGGAUAGGCACUGGAGGGUUAGGCUUGCCAUCAUUGAGUACAUACCGCUGUUGUCUAGUCAGUUGGGUGUUAGAUUUUUUGAUGAUAAGCUUGGUGCUCUGUGCAUGCAGUGGCUGAAAGAUAAGGUUUAUAGUAUCCGGGAUGCAGCUGCCAAUAAUGUGAGACGCCUUGCAGAAGAAUUUGGACCAGAAUGGGCAAUGGAACAUAUAGUUCCACAGGUUUUGGACAUGAUAAACAACCCGCACUAUCUAUAUCGGAUGACAGUUCUUCAUGUGAUAUCUCUGCUUGCACCUGUGAUGGGAUCCGAUAUCACUUGUUCAAAACUUUUGCCAGUGGUUGUUAGUUCCUCAAAAGAUAGGGUACCCAAUAUCAGGUUCAAUGCGGCAAAGGUGUUGCAGUCUGUUAUCCCUCUGGUCAAUCAUUCUGUUGUAGAGAAGAGUAUUCGUCCGUGUCUGGUCGACCUGAACGAGGACCCAGAUGUUGAUGUUAGGUUCUUCAGCAGUCAAGCCCUUCAGUCAAGUGAUCAGGUCAUGGUGAUGUGCUAGAAUUUUUAUUGUUCUUUCGGCGUGGCCCUUGUUUAUUUCCUAAUUUUGCUCGGCCUCAAGUGGAAGCUCAUACUGAGCAACUUGAUGAUGUAUCCAAGGGAUUUUCCCUUCUGAUAUCUCAAAUUUAGAGUUCAAAAUUAGCUGAUAGGCUGACUCGAUUCAGUCAUGAGACGGUGAUUGCCGUUUAUAGUCUCAUUUCUUAUAAAAUCUACUUAGCUGUCAACAAUUCUUGGA